CGCCCAGCGAUCGAUCCUCGACCUUCCAGCGUAUCGCGUCUUGUCUUGCCUCUUGCACAACACGGUUACGACACCACAACACGUCGUCGACAGCAGCUGGUAGCAUCCAGAUACGAGUAACAGGCCGAUUCCAAGACCAGGCUCGAUUGAUCAGACGCUGCGACCGCAGCUCUCAGCUCGGCGACGAGCCACCCAGCCACUACACCCUCCCACCGCUCGCGCCUCCCACACGUCCCAUACACAGAGGCCCAGCCGCACACUGGCCGCACGAUAGCCCACCACCAUGAUGGCGGGCAACAAACCCAUCACCGAGCCGCCCGAGGCCAUCGACCCCAUCAACGAGGAGUUCUACGCCUCAUGGGGCCUGUGUAUCCUCUGUGUGCUCCUCAUCGGCGCGCUCUGCACCUCGUACUACCUCCAGAUCAAGCGUAUCCGUGCCGUCCAUGAGACGGUCGUCUCCAUCUUCGCCGGCAUGCUCGUCGGCCUCAUCUUCCGCCUCGCGCCUGGCCACCUUAUCCGUGAAAUGUUUGCGUUCAAGCACACCGUCUUCUUCAAUCUCCUCCUCCCGCCCAUCAUCCUCAACUCGGGCUACGAGCUCAAGCAGGAAAACUUCUUCAGGAAUUUUGGAGUCAUCCUCACGUUUGCGUUCUUGGGGACGUUCAUAUCAGCCGUGGGCAUUGGUGUCUUGGUCUACCUGUGGUCGUUCCUCGGCUUGGAGGGCUUGAAGUUUAGCCUCCUCGAGUGUCUAAUCUUCGGAUCAACGCUGUCUGCCACGGACCCCGUGACGAUUCUGGCCAUCUUCAACUCGGCAAAGGUCGACCCCAAGCUCUAUUCGAUCAUCUUUGGCGAGAGUAUCUUGAACGAUGCCGUCUCUAUCGUCAUGUACCAGACGCUGUCCCACUUCCACAACCAGGAGAUGCAGGACAUUUACGUCUCGACGCUGUUCCACGGUGUCGGCAUGUUCUUGUUCUCGUUCCUCGUGUCUAUGGCACUUGGUGUUGCCUUUGGCCUCGCUUGCUCGCUUGGCCUCAAGCACUCUCACCUUGCGAGCUACCCCCAGAUCGAGAGCUGUAUUGUCGCCCUCGUGGCUUACACCAGUUACUUCUUCUCCAACGGUCUGGAGAUGAGCGGCAUCGUGUCCCUCCUGUUCUGUGGGAUCACGCUCAAGCACUAUGCCUACCACACAAUGUCGAAACGCACCCAGCGAACGACCAAGUACAUGUUCCAAGUUCUCGCCCAGCUGUCAGAGAACUUCAUCUUCAUCUAUCUUGGAUUGAACCUCUUCACCCAGGACGUUCAGGUGUUCAAGCCCUUCUUCAUCCUCGUGUCUGCGAUCGCUGUGAUGGCUUCGCGUUACGCCGCCGUCUUCCCUCUGGCUGAGCUCAUCAACUGGAUCUUCCACACUCGUGGCCAGCGCUACGAAGAGCUUCCUCACUCUUACCAGAUGAUGCUCUUCUGGGCUGGUCUCCGCGGAGCUGUCGGCGUCGCACUCGCCACUGGCUUCACUGGCCCCAACGCCGACGCCCUGCGCACCACUGUCCUCGUCGUGGUCGUGCUCACUGUCAUCGUCUUCGGUGGCACCACAGCGCGUAUGCUCGAAGUCCUCGGAAUCCGCGUCGGCGUCGAGGAUGACGAUGACAGCUCGGACGAGGAGGGUGAAGGCUGGACCAGCCACCAUGGCAACAUUGCGCUCCAAGUUGGCCCCGGCAGCCGCCGUUAUGCUGGACAGAAUGGCCAGGGCAUGUACAGCGAGGACGACGACGUACCCUUCACCUCGCCGCUCGACUCGCCCUUCCAGAGAGGCGUUCGCCUGUCUGGUUCGCGCCACUCGUCACAACGUCCUCGUCUGGCGCGCGGCGCCUCGGCGGCAGGCUUCUCUACCAACUCUGAAGAGUCGGACGAGGAGCCUCUCCCAGCUGCAAACUACGGGGACCCUGCCGAAGUUGACGCUAAGGCAGGUACCGCUGGACCAUCACGAAAGGGCAUGAUCUUCCGCGAUGGCCAGUGGUUCACUGCUCUCGAUGAGCGUUACCUCUUGCCCCUGUUCUCCAACUCGGUGACAGCGCGUCGUCACCAUGCCAAGAAGGCCCAGAAGGCCAGCUCUACCGCGCUCAACGAGUAUGACGCGGGUUCUCCUCGGGAUGCGUCACCGGACCCAACCCCUGGCAGCGCACAGGACACGGAGAGCGAGAAUGGCAAGGUCAAGGCAGGCGUUGGCAGAAACUUUGGCGACCUCUUCUUUGCGCGCACAGACCCGCCGAGUCGCCCUUCUUCGCCACCGCCGGGUGAACCCCGUCCUUGAGCAAGAGACGGACUAUAGAGACGAGAAAAGCCGAGCUGUUCUCGAUGCACGGGCACUUGUGCUUGCCCGUAGUGAAUGUACUUUUAGCCAUAGACAUUCCAAUGCACUUGAGUGAGAC